AUUUCACGAUACUUCGCUCUCGUGCACUCUAUUCAACAUGGCGUCGGCACUGUGUAGAACCGGGGCGGCGGUAUUUCGCCGAUCUGUGCUUUUUUCAGGUGCCAGGGCCUCAUCUGGUGGCGGUCCAGCUCUUGACCAACAGAAAGGAAAGACUGCAUCUGAUAAAGUCACCAUGCCAGAUGGACUUGGUCAUGCUGUAGGCCCAGAGAGAUUUGAGAUGCUUGCCAAGUUGGCCGGAGUUGAGGAUCCUUUCGAGAUGAAGGUCAAGUCCAGGGCCAAGGGAACAUUUGAAGAACCAACUUUAAUUCCAUCUUUGUAUGAGAAACGACUAGUUGGAUGCAUAUGUGAAGAAGAUGACAUCAGCAUAAACUGGAUGUUUUUACACAAGGGAGAAGCCAAGCGUUGCGAGUGUGGCUACUGGUUCAAACUGGACCCAAUGAAAAGUCAGGACUACAGUUAAUGAUACAAAUGGUUAUGGGUGUUGUUGCAUAUAGUUCUAAUGUUAUGUCAGAAACAGUAGGAAUCAGUCACUAAGAAUCUUCUUUGAGUUGCAUUACAAGUUCUGCCAAUACAAGUGACCAUGAUCCGCAUCAGCUCUAAACACCUACUUUAUGAACAGUCAGCUCUUCAGGUUAACACUAUUCACUGUUCACUGAUGUCAUGAGUGUGUGAGGAAUAUGAUUAAUAAACAAUUAUCAAGGUUA